AGGAGCCGGCGGAGCAGCAGCAGGAGCAGCAGCAGCAGGAGCAGCAGCGGGAGCAACAGCAGGAGCAGCAGCAGCUGCAACGGGUGCUGCUGCGACGCAGCAGCAGGCCACCGCGGCCGUCUCCGUCUGCUGCAGCAGCAGCAAAUGUCAGCUGCAGCAGCCCCCGCAUCCACACAGGCAACAACAACGCUUCUUACCACGCCGACAAGCAGGAGUGGCGCGCGCGGUUUUACGUGGGCCCCAAAAGAUGCAUGCGGACUUUUAGCGCGAAGCUCUACGGCUUCGAAAAGGCCCGAGAAAGGGCCCACGCCUUUAUACGCUACAUCCAGCUGCACGGGCGGCUGCCGACGGCGUGGGGUCACCGGGGAGAAGGCGAGGCGGAGCAGCAGGGACUUGUGUCUGCUGAGAUCAGCAAGAAGCAGCAAAAGGCUCAGCAGCAGCAGCGGCAGAAGCAGCAGCAGCAGCUGCUGCUGCAGCAGCAGCAGCUCCGCGAGCUCCCAGCAGCAGAGCAGGAACGCCCGGCGAAGAAGAGGUGCACUGAUGCUGCUGCUGCUGCUGGAGGUCGCAGCAGAGAGCAGCAGCACGCACUGAGAGCGCAGCAGCAGCAACAGCAGCAGCUUCAGCAGCGGCAGAUGCUGCUGCUGCAGCAAGAGCAACUGCUGAUGCUCGUGUCCCAGCAAAAGACAACAGCGCAGCAGGAUUGCACUGUCGACUGGGCGGACUGCGAGGCUGGGGCUUCGAGCGACGGCAGCGGUUUGUCUCCUGUGCAGCAGCGGCAGCUGAGCAGCAGCAGCAGCAGCAGCAGCAACAGCAGCAGCGACAGCUGCUGCAGCAACUACAAAUUGGCCAGCAGCAAAAGUGUCCCUUUUAGCCGCUGGAGGAGCAGCAAAAGAGGCCCUGGUCUUGCUGCUGCAGAGCGCAAGUUGGUGCCGGUCCCCAGCAGCAGCAGCAAGAGCAGCAGCAGCAGCAGAAGCAGCAGCAGCAGCAGCAGCAGCGAGGUGACCGUGCUUGAGCAGUUCUUAAGGGAGUGCGCAGUCCAGGCU